AUGUUUGUGAUUGCGGAGCCUUUUUUAUGUGAUGAACAAAUGGAUGAAGUUAAAAAAAUGCUUGGUUUUGACUAUGGGUUUUCAAAUGGUGCGUGGAAUGGGAAAUUGUGGAUGCUGUGGAUGAAUGAUGUUAAUGUAAGCAUGGUUAGUUGUGGAAGCCAACAAAUUUCUGUUCUUGUGGCUAAUGGUGGGAUGAAAUGCAAAAUUUCUUUUGUUUAUGCUAAAUGUUUAUGUGAGCAAAGGAGGGUGUUGUGGGAUGAGCUUGCAAGGGAGAGUAAUUCUAAUGAUCCUUGGUUGGUGACAGGGGAUUUUAACAUUAUAGCGAAUGAUGGGGAGAGACGUGGUGGUAGGCCUAGAUCUAUGGUGGCCAUGGAGGAGUUUAAUUCUUGGAUACAUAAUUGUGGUUUAAUGGAAUUGAAAUAUUUGGGUAACUGUUAUUCUUGGUGCAAUGGGCAUGUCGGAAAUUCAAGGAGUUGGGCUAGGUUGGAUCGUUCCUUGGUUGAUCAACAUUUUCUUGGUGCUUUUCCAGAUUCAGUUAUGAGAUAUUUACCUCGUACAUCAUCGGAUCAUGCUCCUAUGGUCAUUUCGUUUGUGAAGUGUUUUGAAGGCUAUGGGCCGGCGCCUUUUCGUUUUCAGCAAAUGUGGGUGGAUCAUGUUGAUUUUGAUAGAUGUGUUCGUGAGGCUUGGGACCAAGAUGAUGCUGGUUGUGCUCUUAGAAAAAUGGUGGCAAAAUUAAAAAGGGUAAGAGUUGCUCUAAAAGCAUGGAAUAAGGUAGUUUUUGGGUGGACGAGUGGGCACAUUCAGGAGUUGGAGGCUCGUAUAGAGAGGUUGGAUGAACAGUUGCAAGUGAGAUAUGAAGAAGAUGUGGAGCUGGACCUGUUGGCUUCAAAGAUGGAACUGGACACCUGGACCAAUCGUGAAGAGAUCCGGUUGGCUCAGUGUGCCAAAGUUAGAUGGUGGAAUCAUGGCGAUAAAAAUUCCAGGUAUUUUCAUGCUCUUCUUAAUAAAAGGAAGCAAGCUAGGAUUAUGGAGAUGAGUCUUUCUAAUGGUACUACGUUAAAAACACCGCAAGAUAUUCAUGAUGGUGCUGUGAAAUAUUUCAUGGAUUUUUUGGGUGAAUCUAAUAGUGUAGUACUUCCAGAUUUGGGGGAUUUAGUGUCUAAUGUGAUCUCGGAAGAGGAUAAUUUGAGGCUUUGUUCUUUGCCUACCGAAGAAGAGGUGAAACAAGCUGUUUUCAGUAUUCCUAUAGAGAGUAGUCCUGGCCCAGAUGGGUUUGGUUCAGGUUUCUAUCGUGCUUGUUGGGAUAUUGUGCGUGUGGAGGUGGUGGAGGCUGUAAGGGAGUUUUUUAAGGGAGUUCCUUUCCCUAGAUUUUAUACGGCUUCUUUUGUUGUGCUUAUUCCCAAAAUGGCUCAGCCGACGGGUUUUGAUAAGUUCCGUCCUAUCAGUUUAUGUUCUGUUUUCUACAAAAUCUGCACUAAAGUUUUGGUGGCAAGACUUGCUCCUCUAUUGCCUGCUAUGAUCUCCUCUGAACAGUGUGCCUUUAUUCAAGGUAGAAGUAUUUUUGAUAAUAUCAGUCUCACACAAGAGAUGGUGCAUUCUCUUAACAAAAAGGCUUUGGGUGAUGAUAUAGUUAUAUUCACAAAUGGAAGGAAAAAGUCGAUGCGAGAAUUGAUGAAAGUUAUUGAGACUUAUGAGUCUUGGUCCGGGCAACGAGUGAGUAAGGAAAAGACAGCAAUAUAUUUUGCAAAGCAAUUCUCUACAAGGCGGAAGAGGGAUCUAAUGAAUAGCACUGGUUUUAUAGAAGAUGGUAAGGGGAAAAAGAAAUGGGUGGGGUGGAAGGCGAUGUGUAAGCCAACUGAAGAGGGGGGGAUUGGGCUGCGUGAUUUUGAUGAGGUACAGCUUUCUUUACACAUGAAAUUUGCAUGGAAAAUUAUGACUGGGACUGAUCUUUGGUCACAAUUUUUUCGUGCUAAAUAUGUUGGGGAUAACCAUAUCUCUUUAAUGGAUCCUAAGAAGGGGUCAAGAUUUUGGAAAAUGGUGGUUAAAUGUAUUCCAGCGGUGUUAGAAAAUUCAAAAUGGAAAGUUCGUGAGGGGAAUAUUUCUUUUUGGUGGGAUAACUGGUUAAAUGAAGGUCCUCUUGCUAAUUCUUAUCCAGUGAUUGAUGAAUCUAGUAUGAGGUUAGCUGAUGUUAGAAUUGAAAAUGGUUGGGAUAUUGAUGUGUUGCACAGAUUAGUGGGAGCGCAAAAAACAGAGGAGAUUUGUAGCUUUUUGGGUGCUCACAAAGAUGGUCAGGAUUUACUUGUUUGGAUUCAUAAUAAAGAUGGAUGUUUUACUACUAAAAGUGCAUGGCAAUGUGUUCGGGUUAGUGCACCAAGGGUGACUUGGGUAAAGUGGGUUUGGUAUGAAGCUCUACCAAAAAAAAUCUCUGUUUUAAUGUGGAAGGCUUUCCAUGACAGUUUAAGUGUUGAUGAUAGAUUGAGGAGGGUGGGUAUACCCAUUACUUCCAAGUGCAACUGCUGUGCUCGAGGAGGCUAUGAAGAUUUAAACCAUGUUCUUGCUGCAGGUGAUGUGGCUUCUGAGAUUUGGAAGAGGUUUUCUCUUGUCUUGGGAUUUCCUUAUGAUCCAAAUAGACGAUGGUGCAAGGCGCGGAUGGAAGGUAAAACCAUAUUGAUAGAAGAGAUCUGGAGGUCUAUUUGUGUGUGGCUAAGAAAAGUGCAAAAUUCCUUAACAACUAUUACAAAGAUUGGUGUUGUUGAUGAGGAGAGGUUGAGGGAUUUGAACAUACCAGUGUUACCUAUUAAAAAGGUGCAGGCGAAAUUGGUUUGUUGGGAAAAGCCAAAAAAUGGUAGAGUGAAAUUGAAUAUAGAUGGGUGUAGUCUUGGUAAUCCAGGAAAUUCAGGUGCGGGGGGUAUUAUUCGGGAUGUAAAUGGCAAUAUGGUGCUGUCCUUUUCAUGCUCUCUUGGGGUGGGUUCUAAUAACCAUGCGGAAUUGAAAGCAUUGUUAAUAGGGUUGAAAUAUUGUCAAACUUUGGGGCUACAUCAGGUGGACAUUGAGUCUGACUCUUUGAUCUGUGUAUCUUGGAUUCAGAAGAAGCAUUGUGGAGUUUGGUAUUUGGAAGAUUUCUGGGAGGAGGCUAUGAGAUUGUAUGCAGGUGGGGAUUUUACCAUUCAUCAUGUUUAUAGAGAAGGAAAUGCACCGGCGGAUUUCUUAGCUAAAAUGGGAGCUCAAGGCUCUACCUUAGUUUGGAGGUCUUUGUCACAUGUUCCAACAUUUCUUAAAGGUUUGAUUCGUUUGGAUAAAUUGUCUUUACCUUAUGUUAGGGGAAGUUAUGUUGUUUAG